AUGAACCGAGCGAUAGCGGGACUAUCGCGACUGGCCAGGCAAGAGUACGGCAUAGGCGGUGAGGCAAUCCGGACUAUCUACAAGAUGGCUCUGGAGCGCAUGAUCUGCUAUGCUUGCGGUAUCUGGUGGAAGGAGUCUGCCAACGUGAAGCAAAGUAGGACCCUACUUACAAUUCAAAGGCCUGCCGCCCUACGGGUCACACGUGCCUACAGAACGGUAUCCACUGACGCGGCCCUAGCCCUGGCAGGGCUUCUUCCGCUGCCCCUGGUAGUCAGCCAGGAGGCGGCGUUCUUUAGGAUCGCGGUGGAGGGUAUACAGGCAAAGCACUGCAACCAGAUGUACCCAGCGAUGAAACUCUUAUGUCAGGCAGACAUAUGGAGUACCCAUCCAAGCCUAAGGGUGGGCAUCGACUGGGAGGUCGGUGAACCUACUCUAUGUGGUAUCGAAAUAUAUACCGAUGGCUCCAAAGACGGCAGCCAAGUGGGCGCAGCCUACUGCGUUUACCAUGAUGGGGUUUUAGUGUACAGUUCGUCAGUCAGACUGAACGAGGAAGCGACCGUGUUUCAAGCCGAACUGGUGGCUCUUUCAGGAGCGUCCCAGUGA